AUGUCUCCGGAUGAAAUCAUCAAGGCGAGCGAGCUACAAGUGUACGAGAGGUCGUUGUAUAAGAUGCCAGAGAGGAAGCCAGCACCCAACGGCACGCUGGACCCCCGGCUGGGCGUCAGCAACCGGUCAAGCAAGUGCAGCACCUGCGGCCAGAAUUUGGCCGAUUGCACUGGCCACUUUGGCUACAUCAAGCUGUGGCUGCCGGUAUUCCACAUUGGGUACCUGAAGAGCACGCUCACAACGCUGCAGUGCAUCUGCAAGACCUGCUCGAGCAUCCUGCUGCCAGAAGAGGACUAUCGCAGGUUCCUGCGCCUGUUCAGGAACCCAAGGCUGGAGCGGGUGGCCAGGGCAGGGCUGUUCAAGCGCGUGGCAGAGAAAUGCAAGCGCGUGCGCCAAUGCACUCACUGUGGCUCCACCAACGGAGUUGUCAGGCAUGUGCCGGGUGGGCUGAAGCUCUUUCACGACAAGUAUGCGCGGAACAUCAAGGAGCAUGAGGAGUAUGCUGCAGAGUUUGAUGAGGCCGUCCUCCACAACGAGCAGAUGAAGCACUGCCUGCACAAGGUUGGGGACGAUCUGAACCCAAUCAGGGUGCUGGCGCUGUUCUCAGCGAUCACGGACGAGGCCUGCGAGCUGCUGGAUCUGGCGGGCCGCCCAGAGCACCUUAUCAUGACGCAUCUGCCGGUGCCGCCUGUGUGCAUCCGCCCCUCUGUCGAGAUGGACAGCGGCGGCGGCACCAAUGAGGACGACAUCACCAUGAAGCUCAUGAACAUCAUCGACACCAACAAUGGGCUGCGCGAGGCGCUGCACCUGGGCCUGCAGGCGGACAAGCUGGUGGACAGCUGGGACUUCCUGCAGGUCAACUGCGCCAUGGGUUUUGUGCAGCGGCUGAAGGGGAAGCAGGGGCGCUUCCGAGGCAACCUGUCCGGCAAGCGCGUGGACUUCUCUGGGCGCACGGUCAUCUCGCCAGACCCCAACCUGGCGAUCAAUGAGGUCGGCAUUCCCAUGCAUGUGGCCGUCAUUCUCACCUUCCCAGAGCGCGUCACCAGCCACAACAUAAGCCGCCUCCAGAAAUGCAUCAUGAACGGCCCUGGUGUGUGGCCGGGCGCAAACUUUGUGCUGGUGGCAAAGGACGGCGCCCGCAAGUCCCUCAAGUAUGGCGACCGCCGCAGGACAGCUGCCGAGCUCAAGAUUGGCGAUGUGGUGGAGAGGCACCUGCGCGAUGGGGACAUCGUGCUGUUCAACCGGCAGCCCUCGCUGCACAGGAUGUCCAUCAUGGCGCACCGCGCCAGGAUCAUGCCCUGGAGGACAUUCCGCUUCAACGAGUGCGUGUGCAACCCCUACAACGCGGACUUUGACGGGGACGAGAUGAACGUGCACGUGCCGCAGACGGAGGAGGCGCGCGCAGAGGCCUCCGAGCUCAUGGGCGUCAUGCGCAACCUGUGCACGCCCAAGUCCGGCGAGAUCCUCAUUGCCGCCACCCAGGACUUCCUCACGUCGGCAUUCCUGCUGACGAGCAAGGACCGCUUCUACAGCCGGACGCAGGUGGCGCAGUUGGCCUGCUUCAUGGGUGACGGCAUGGAUGCCGUAGAUCUGCCGCAGCCGGCGCUGCUGAAGCCCCUGGAGCUGUGGACCGGCAAGCAGCUCUUUUCCAUGCUCAUCCGGCCCAACUCCCUCACCCGGCUUCUGGUGAACCUUGAGACGGCGGAGAAGACGUACCUGAAAGGGAGCGGCGUGAUGUGCCCACGCGACGGCUUUGUGGUGUUCCAGAACAGCACGCUCAUGUGCGGCCGCCUCGGCAAGGUCACCCUCGGUGGCGGCAACAAGUCCGGCCUCUUCCAGGUGCUGGCGAACGACUUCUCUUCUGAAGCUGCGGGAGCAGUGAUGCGGCGGCUGUCAAAGCUGAGCGCGCGCUUCAUCGGCGAGCACGGCUUCUCCAUCGGCGUGGACGACGUCACACCCGCGCUGCGCCUGCUGCAGGAGAAGCAGGCCACCAUCGACUCCUCCUACCAGGAGUGUCAGGAUAAGAUAGCGGAGUACAAGAGCGGCAAGCUGGCCCUGCUGGCGGGCUGCAACGAAGAGCAGAGCUUGGAACAGUCCGUCAUGGGCGUGCUCAACCGCAUUCGGAACACAGCCUCCGAUGUGUGCAUGAAGACGCUGCAACACCACAACUCGCCGCUGAUUAUGAGCCAGUGCGGCAGCAAGGGGUCGCCCAUCAACAUUGCGCAGAUGGUGGCCUGUGUGGGGCAGCAGUCCGUCUCCGGCCGCCGUUGCCCCGACGGCUUCAAGGAUCGCACCCUGCCCCACUUCCCGCCCGGCGACAGGACGCCGGAGGGGAAGGGGUUUGUGGCAGCGAGCUUCUACAGCGGCCUGUCUCCGACAGAAUUCUUCUUCCACACCAUGGCCGGGCGCGAGGGCCUGGUGGACACGGCCGUGAAGACCGCCGAGACCGGCUACAUGAGUCGCCGCCUCAUGAAGUCCCUGGAGGACCUCUACACUCACUACGACUCCACGGUGAGGAACUCGGCGGGAGGCAUCGUGCAGCUGACGUACGGGGAUGACGGGCUGGACCCUGUGGCCAUGGAGGCGCAGGAGGGCAAGCCAGUUGACCUGACCCGCUCGCUGUCUGUAGUGCAUGCCACAACGCCUCGACGGCCGCAGCUGCCAGAGAACGCCAUGGAGGACGACGACUGGGAUGUGCCUCUGCCGACCGACAUGGAGGCGCUCAUAGAAGGCUUGCUGCAAGAGAAUGACCUUGCGCAGGGGUCUGUAUUCUGCAGCGCGGCCUUCCAGGCCGACCUGCAGGUCUUCCUCCAAAUACAGGUGAAGAGUUGGCGGGCGGUGCGGCAGAAGCUGAGCCUGCCGAUGGACGACAGGGGGCCGCGGGCGCCGGAGGCGGCCGCUGCGGCGCAGAGCAUCACUGCUGCAGAGCUGCGCGAGUUCCUGCGCCUGUGCGCACGGCGCUACGAGGCCAAACGCAUGGACCCCGGGUCGACUGUGGGCGCGUUUGGUGCGCAGAGCAUCGGUGAGCCCGGCACGCAGAUGACGCUCAAGACGUUUCACUUUGCGGGAGUGGCCAGCAUGAACGUCACACAGGGCGUGCCGCGCAUCAAGGAGAUUAUCAACGCCUCCAAAAACAUCUCCACCCCCGUCAUGAACGUGACGCUGGAGGUUGCCAACAGCGAGGCGGCGGCGCGCAUGGUGAAGGCGCGGCUGGAGCGCACCGCUCUGGGCCAGGUCGCCAAGCGCAUCCGCGCCGUGCUCAAGCCCUCCCUCACACACCAGGUCGGCGCGUUUGUGGAGAUCCGGCUGGACAAGGUUGUGAUCCAGGCGCUGCAGCUAGACAUCAACGCGCACACCGUGCGAGACGCCAUAGUGGCCUCCAAGCUCAAGGUGGGCAUGGGCUUUGCGCUGCACAACCUCAUGACCGCGCUGCCCCACGUCAUCGUCGCAGGCAUCGCCUCCGUGGAACGCGCCGUUGUCACCUUCGACGAGAAGACCUGCAAGUACUCGCUGGGCGUGGAGGGCAUGGACCUGACAGCGGUGAUGGGGACGCUGGGCGUGGACGGCUGCCGCACGGCCACCAACCAUGUGAUGGAGACGGAGCGCGUGCUGGGCAUCGAGGCAGCUCGCACCAAGAUCAUGACCGAGAUCCAGACCACCAUGUCCUCUCACGGCAUGACCAUCGACGCCCGCCACACCAUGCUCCUCGCCGACUGCAUGACCUACAAGGGCGAGGUGCUGGGCAUCACCAGGUUUGGCAUAGCCAAGAUGAAGGACAGCGUGCUCAUGCUGGCCUCUUUUGAGAAGACCACGGACCACCUGUUUGACGCCGCACUUCACGGCCGUACUGAUGACAUCACUGGUGUUUCGGAGUCCAUCAUCAUGGGAAUCCCAAUGCCCACUGGCACUGGCCUAUUCAAGCUGCACCAGCAUGCAGAAGACAGAGCCCUGCCGGAGCUGCAGCCAUUGCCUUUGCUUGCAUACUGA